GAAAGUGACAGCUGAUUCAUUAGAAUUAGGAUGAUAGACGUUUUUCUGUUUUUGAUAUGAAAAUUUGUAUUUAUUAAUAUUAGUGAUAUUAGUAAUAAAGAUGUCUGAUCAAGAAGAGAAAAUUACUCAAUUUAGUUCAAUAACAGGGGCCGACGACACUAGGGCUCGCUUCUAUUUGGAUUCUGCUGCUUGGCAACUAGAGGUUGCUAUUGCACGAUAUUAUGAAAAUGAUGGUGAAGAGUCUGAUACUGUAGAAGUUCCAUCAAUGGCAGAUUCUCCCAGAUCUCCAGUAUCAGUCAAAAAACCUAAACCCAAAGGUAAACCAUCCAAUUUUGCUACUAUUAACACUAUUAAUAGCUCUAGUGAAGAAGAAGAAGAAGAGGGCCAAGCUUAUUAUGCUGGAGGCUCUGAGACUAGUGGCCAACAAGUUUUAGGACCUCCAAAAAAGAAGGACUUUGUUGCAGACAUGUUUAAGUCAGUGCAAGAACAUGGAGUUGAAAUACUGGAACCAAGUGCUUCUACGUCUAGUUCUAGAGCAUUUAGAGGAACAGGAUAUAAGUUGGGUCAAGAUGACAAUGACUCUGUAGCAGUCCCGGCGUUCCUGAACCAAUGUCUUCUUCUGAAGUAACAUUAAGACUGUGGCAAAAUGGUUUUACUGUAAAUGACAGUGAGUUAAGGCCCUACACAGAUCCAGCCAAUAAGGAAUUUCUUGAUUCUAUCCGCCAAGGUGAAAUACCCCAAGAACUGCGAAGAGGUGCAUCAGAAGUUCAUUUAGCCAUGGAAGAUCAUCGAAUGGAGGCUUUUAAACAAAGUAAAAUUAAACUAAAAGCUUUCCAAGGACAUGGUUAUACUUUAGGAAGCCCAGCACCAGCAGUUGUUGGCACAUGCAAAGAAGAAGAUAAACCAAAUAAUGAAGCAAAAGCUAAAGAACAACUGAAACUAGAUAGUUCCCAACCAACUACUAAUUUACAGAUUCGACUUGCAGAUGGUUCAAGAUUAGUUGGACAGUUUAAUCAUGAGCACACUAUUGGAGAAAUUAGGAAUUUUAUACAAACUGCACGACCUCAGUACCAGAACCAAUCUUUUAAUCUCAUGUCAAGUUAUCCUUCGAAAAUUUUGGAUGACACUCAGACAAUUGCAGCUGCUGGAUUACUUAAUUCUGCUAUUAUGCAGAAAUUAGUUUAAAUUGUCUGAAUAAACUCCUUAUUCUUAGAUAUAGUUUGUAUUAUUAUAUUAUAUACUUUCAGUUGGCCUGCUCCUAAAUGUGGUAUAAUAAAAAUUUAAUAC